AUGAUUGCCUACCCAGCCUUUCGAAAGCAGGUCCGUCGCACUUGGUCAGGUAGAAACGCCGGCCAAAGGGUCAACCGCACUCACAGAGACGAUGAAGGAGCCAACCUUGGGCUUUACCACGAGCGAUCGCCUUUGCUUAGCUUAACACCCGUGAAUGAGGAGCACCAUGGAUUGAUAUGGCGCUUGUUUGACGGCAGAAGCACCCCGGGAAGAGACAGCCCUAAUCGUCUGGUCAAAUGGCCAGCAAAUGUUUUCCAUGUCACCAAGGUUACGCUGAUGAGCAACUACGUCAACCUCCUGCUCCCAUUGGUGCCACUAGGUAUCAUUGCCGGCGUGCUUGGUUGGAGCCCUGCGGCUGUGUUCUCGCUCAACUUUAUCGCCAUUAUUCCCCUGGCAGGGGUGUUAUCCUUCGCUACGGAAGAGAUUUCCAUCCCGCUGGGCGAGACAUUAGGAGGGCUGCUGAAUGCCACUUUUGGCAACGCAGUUGAGCUCAUCGUGAGUAUCGUCGCCCUGAAGAAGAACGAAAUCGAAGUCGUGCAGUCGUCAAUGCUUGGUUCUAUUCUAUCUAAUCUUCUUCUUGUCAUGGGGAGCAGCUUUCUCCUCGGCGGCCUUGUCAACAUGAAGGAUGAUUCAGGCAAGGGCACCGAGCAGAACUUCACCAGUGCGAUGGCACAAACAACAUGCUCCUUGUUAGCGCUAUCAGCCGCCUCAAUGAUCAUUCCCGCUACUCUCUACAACAUCCUCAACAGCUCGGAUCAGCACGGUGAAGCCGAAACCAUCCUUUGGCACUCGCGCGGGACGGCCAUCAUCCUUCUUAUCCUAUACGCCCUGUAUCUGUGCUUCCAAUUGCGGACGCACAAGAAUCUAUUCUGCGAAGGGACUGGUGAAACGUCCUCCGUUGAUGAGGUAGAGGAUGAGCCCGAAUCAGUCAUGAGUCCUUGGUCUGCUGCAGCGGUGCUGAUUGCCGUGACCGUUGUUAUCUCCUUCUGUGCAGACUACCUGGUCGGCAGUAUCGACAGCAUUGCCAAAGACGCGCACACUAGCAAGAGCUUUAUUGGCUUGAUCCUGAUCCCCAUUGUCGGCAACGCGGCGGAGCACGCCACGGCGUGUGUGAUGGCCGUAAGAAACAAAAUGGACUUGGCCACCGGUGUUGCAAUCGGAUCCAGCAUCCAGAUUGCGCUGCUGGUUACGCCGUUGCUGGUUGUUUUGGGCUGGGCACUGAAUGUGCCGAUGAGUUUGAACUUCAAUAUGCUCGUGACGGGGACAGUGCAGGAUGGGAAAUCUAACUAUCUGGAGGGAGCCAUGCUUGUGGGACUCUACAUUAUCAUCGCUUUGACAUUCUGGGCAAUCCCUAAUGGAGUUUUGGGAAAAGCAAUGGGUUGA